AUGGCUUCAAAAGCGAAGAAGUUGGCAACAAUCAUUUCUUUCACUGCUUCCAGAAUAUUCUUUUUCCUUAUUUUCUUCCAGAUUCCUCUUUUUAGAUUCCCAUGUAGAAUUGGUACUUGCAGGACACCAAUGGAGCUAACUUCUUCACAAUUAAUUGCAACUGAAGUGGUACCUUCAGGGGUAGUGAAGGCUCUCCUGUACCCAGGUGCCAUUGGAAAGUCGAUUCUUAACAAGCCCAUUCCAAAGUACAAUAAACUACUAGAUGCAUACAAGUUGAAAAGUCUUAGACGAAUCCCUUCCACAACUGAUCUCCAGUAUAUUGAGGUUCUAGCAGGAAGCUAUUUGGCUGUGGCGGGAUCUAUAAUAGGUCUGUUUAGAUCAAGACGGUUGGGGCUUUUCGGUAUGCUUUUGUUAUGCUGGGGACUUUCUAAAGAACCCUAUGGGCAUGCAGCAGAAUAUAAAGCUCACAGAAAUGCCAUUUCUGUCUACUACCCAACAAUGUCAAUUGCUGUUCUUUCUGCCUUCCUUUCUAUUAGAGAUGAUGUUAAAAAGAUUGUUUCUUGUUUCAGGUGGACCUUUUCAAAGUCCAAAUACAAAUGAACCUUUGAAAACUGCCAAAUUGGUGGAAUUCUGUUCUUUUUGUAACUGUUGUUUACGUAACGAGAUCGUAACACGAAUAAUGAGGUAUUUGGGU